UUUGUUCUAUAAUUGAAAAAUGUGUAAAUUUCUCCUAAGUGGAAUUGUUCAAAUGUAAAAAGCAAAGAAUAUGAUGGUCAUCGUGAUGAAACAAUCAAAGGAAGGUCGAAAUUUGCAUGCACAAGCAGAAGGCAGGCGAAGUUAUUAGAUAGGAAAUAAAAGCAAAAUCAAAGCGAAAAACAAGAAAAUGGGCGGUGGUUUGAUAAUAUCAGAUUUUGUGAUUUCUUUCAUGUGGGUAUGGUCCGGUGCUGUAAUCAAGAUGUUUGUGAAUGGUGUUCUGGGGAUGGGACAUGAACCCAGUGGCGAGGUGGUAAAGUAUAUUCUGUCUGUGAUAAACAUGUUUGUGUUCGCCUGGUUGGGUAAGAUGGGUGCUUACAAUCCCCUCACUGUUUUAUCUUCUGCCAUUUCUGCUGAUUCCAAUCGCUUUCUUCUCACUCUUGGGGCUAGAAUUCCUGCCCAGAUAAUUGGAUCUAUCACUGGAGUUAGGCUCAUUCUUCAGACCUUCCCUGAAAUAGGAUUUGGGCCACGUCUGAAUGUUGACAUUCAUCGAGGAGCACUCACAGAAGGGCUGCUGACAUUCGCUAUCGUUACCAUCUCUCUUGGGCUGUCACGAAAAAUCCCUGGAAGUUUUUUUAUGAAGACUUGGAUCACCAGCGUCUCGAAAUUAGCUCUUCACAUACUUGGUUCUGAUCUAACUGGCGGUUGUAUGAACCCGGCCUCUGUGAUGGGAUGGGCUUAUGCCCGUGGGGAUCAUAUAACUAAGGAGCACAUACUUGUAUAUUGGCUUGCUCCAAUAGAAGCAACUCUUCUAGCAGUAUGGAUUUUUAAGCUGGUAGUUGGACCUCUAACACAAGAAAACAAGGAAAUGCCGAAAAGGAAAUCAGAUUGAAUUUCAUUUUUCUUUCCGUGUCUUCAUUUUUUUUAAGCUUAUGCUAGGCAUAGUGAAGGAAUUAAUUGAUUCAUCAGUGUGGAUUUUGCUGUUUAUUGCAUGAAAACAUCUUUCUAGUCAUAA